AAGUGGAGAAAAAAAAGGUAUGCUAGUGGUUCGAGCCGUUGGAGUUAGUACUCGGAACUAGUGCCGCAAAAUCUACGAUCAUCUUAUUUUAUACCAAACAUAUCGUCAGGUACUUUAUCCGGAUUAUCUCGAGAUAUACUCGGCGACUUAAACUCUGUGAGAUUUAUCAGCAGAAGGCAACGAGAGACGAAAAUAAGUUCGUAUCUGUGUGACGCCCGGAACCGCUGUUGGCGUUUUAGCUAGCUAACGUGAGCUAGUAGCACCGACCGGGGCCCAGGUCAGCGACGUCCCCCCAGAUAACAGCGAGUUUUAGAUUUUAUACUCCAGGUUUUUGGUUUUUUUUAAGACAUAAUUUAUCGUGAUGGCUUGUGGAGCUACUCUGAAAAGGACCCUGGACUUUGAUCCGCUGAUGCAUCCGGCGUCCCCCAAAAGAAGGAGGUGCGCCCCGAUCAUGUCUCCAGUCUCCUCACCACAGAAAUAUUUGCGUAUGGAGCCCUCACCUUUCGGGGAGGUGUCGUCCAGACUCACCACAGAGCAAAUUCUACACAACAUUAAACAGGAGUACAAGCGGCUGCAGAAGCGACGACACCUGGACAGUGCUUUCCAGCAGGCAGAUGGCUGCUGUCCUCUGGAGCUGCAGAACAUUCACAGUGGAUCUGCUCUCCCAGGUACGUCCUCGGGUGCCUCAUCACCCACCAAGAAAGAACAGCCUUUAUUCUCCCUCAGACAGGUUGGGAUGAUUUGUGAAAGACUACUGAAAGAGCGAGAGGACAAAAUCCGCGAGGAGUACGAUGAGAUACUGACGACAAAGCUUGCAGAGCAAUAUGACGCCUUCGUCAAGUUCACGCAUGAUCAACUGAUGCGACGGUUCGGAGAGCAGCCUGCUAGUUAUGUUUCCUGAGUGUCGGUGUCUGAUAUUGAGGAAUAACAUUUGCUGCAAACUACUCCCAGGGACUCAGUGGGUCUAGUUGGACUUUUCUCCUAGCUGUGCCAUAUCGCCUCUAUGUGGACUCACUGCCUCAGGCAUCAGUUAGUGGCAUCCACGUUUGCUGUGUCUGCCAGAGUUAGGAGGGCUUCCUGCUGCCAACCUGUUCAAGGACUCUCUGUGACUCUACCUGUGGCCUCUUAACUGCCGUGUCAAUAUUUAUUUGGCUUUGUUCUGAUGCCUUCGUAAAAAAGGCUGACUGUCUCCACACACACUCAGCCUUUUUGAUUCAUUUUUUUAAACAUUUAUUUUUGUCAAAUAUAGGUUGGUUUGUUUUUUUCACAGAGGGGAUGUUAGUUGUGCAGCUUUUCCAUAUGUACAUUCUGAAAAAGGGAUUGAACAUUGACGAGUGGACAAACCAAGGCCGCCUUUCACUGGACUCCAGGAACCGGCAUCUUGGCUUUUUUUGUUUCGGCAUUGUUUAAACUGUACUGGCAAUUACUGCUAUUACAUUUGUAUACACUGUAUUUUUUUAUUUUUCGCUUGACUUAACGUUCAUUGUAUCAAAAUUUCCUGAUUUUAUUUGCUGUAGGUAUAAUGGGGCUUUGAUUCAAGAAAAGCAAAUGAAUAAAGUGUUUACACAAA